AUGGAACCACUGGCCGAGGCCAUCAGGGUAACGCCUGCUAUACAGGGGCUGCUCAUUGAUCUGGCCCCUGUGUGUUGGGCUGCUGCACUCCCUAGCUCCUGUGGCGUCAUCUACAAGAGCUUUGCUCAGUGUCUCCUCACUCUGGGGGACAGUCUGGGUGACACACAGAAAGAGCAGAGCGCACAGGACAUUGACACAGUCUGCAGAUCAUGGGAUGCGUUCCAUGUGUGUGCGAAUGCGGCACUUGCCGGUUGUCCUGGAGACGCAGCGGCUGUGUGGGAGUCUCUGAGGCAAGAGUCUAGGAAGACACAGUUUUCUGGAAACCUCUAUGACAUGUGUGCCAGCCGCACCACACUGGCACCCAAUACAGUGCCCAUGCCACCCUCCCAGAGGCCACCAACAUCAGACCAGACCAAUCAAGAAACUCUAAAAGGGUACACGCAUCACCUUGGACCCGCCUACACCACGCUUUUGCUCUCAGCAUGCAUCUCUCUACUGCUCCUGCUCAGGAUGUAG